AUGAACCCAAAUCGAGACGAGAAUGUGGUUGGCAUCCAGGCGCUCAACAGCGAGAACGAGGCCACUCGAUUCGAUGAGGCACUAAACGGUUACUUCCGUUCUGCCGAAAACGACCCAGAGAAAUGUCUAAAGCAGCUCAAGCAAAUUCUACGCGACGCAGAAGCCCCAGUGCAGUCUCAAUACAUUCGAAGACUCCACGCAGCGAUCCUGCACCAACUUAAGCGCGCAAAAACGUCGCCUACUGUCUUCUCCAGGGCGGUACAGCUUUGUCAAGAAAUUUUCAAACGAUCGACAGUGUUCCGAGCGCUUAUAGCAACACAAACGUCCUCAUUCUUUGGCCAGUUGCUGCUAGCAGCAGGUGAAGACCCGAAUGGCAACGUGUCGAAAGCUUUAAGAGCCAGAAAUCGCGACUCGCAGCAGUUAACGAUGGUAUUGGGGCUGAUUGAGACGUGGAAACAGGACUUUGGGGACAGAUAUCCCUCCAUAGUGGCAGCGUAUAGUGUGCUAGAGGGUAAAGGGUAUAGAUUCCCUCAUGAACGUGAGAGACAGCAAGAGGUCAGGGAGCGAGAAGUGAACACGCGACGACAUCGAGAGCGAGUGAGAAAUGCCAAGAAACAACAGCGAGAUCGAGAGAUGAAGCGGUAUGUGCCAGAGAUGGAGCAGGUGCUGGUCGAGAUGAAUCGUGUGUUCGAGAUCUUGCAGGAGGAUGUCGAGUGGGAGAGCGAAGUUGCUGAAGAUGGCAUGGAUAUAAACGACAUUGUGCAGGCCUAUGGACUCGGUAGCUCGUCGUAUCAGCUGACAAUUGAAGUGUCCAAGCAGGUAUGCGAGGAAUCUUCGGAGAACGACGCACUGUAUCGAACUCUAGCUGACGGUGCAUUGCGCAUACGAAAGCGUUUUAAACCAUUAUUGGACGACUGGGAACAGCACUCUACGUUGGAGGUACACGCUCCAUCCGAUUCUUUAAAUUUACAGCCUCAGCGUGAGGUGCUACAACGGAUUAAUGACCUCCGAGAUCGAAUGACACAUACGCUACUAAAAUGGGACGAUCUCGUCCACGACUCGAAGAAAUCCAAACGAGAUGACGCUAUUCAGUCGGCGGUGGUAUCGGUGCCCCUGGAUUCGUAUAACCUACCCACUAAACGCAAACGACGAGCGUAA